CCUUAAACUGGCAGCCUUCCUCCUGCCCAAGCAAGCGGCUUGACUUAUUCUGUCUAACUUAGACCAUCGCUUUGAUCCACCGUCUUUGGUCUCCACCCUGCUCGGCCGAUCUCUGGAACUCCUGUAGGGAGGAAGUAGGGCAUUCAUCCGAACGAAAUGCCGUUGAUACGCAUAGAAGUCUCUGACUUCAAGUCUUAUAGAGGCCACCAAACCAUAGGCCCCUUCACCAACUUUACCUCCGUUAUUGGGCCCAAUGGCGCGGGAAAGUCCAACCUUAUGGACGCCAUCUCCUUCGUCCUCGGAGUGAAGAGCGCGCAACUCCGGAGUAGUCAACUGAAGGACCUCGUAUACCGUGGUCGGCGUCUUGCGAGAAACCAGGAAGACGAAGGAGAAGACGAGGGAGAGGGCACCGCCAAGAAGGCAUGGGUACUCGCAGUCUUUCAGGACGCGAGCAAGAAAGAGUGGCUAUUCCAAAGGACCAUCACGACCACUGGCGCGUCAGAGUACAAGUUGAACGGCCAGGUUGUAACCUACUCUGCAUACAACGCUGCGCUCAUCUCCCACAACAUUCUCGUCAAGGCGAAGAACUUUCUCGUAUUCCAGGGAGAUGUCGAGGCCGUCGCGUCGCAGUCGCCCAAGGAGCUCGCGCGGCUCAUCGACCAGAUCAGCGGCUCGCUUGAGCUUGCGGGUGAGUACGAGAAGGCGAAAGAGGCGCAGGAGCGCGCAACGGAGAACGCAACAUUCAACUUCACCAAGCGCCGCGGUAUUGCAGGUGAAAUCAAGCAGUAUAGAGAGCAGAAGACGGAAGCAGAACGCUUUGAGGCUCUGGGUCAGGAGCGCGACAAUCUGGUCCUCAAACGUAUCCUCCUGAAGUUAUAUCAUAUUGAGCAAGAACUUCAAGAGCACGCGCAAACGAUUAGGAAACAGAACCGGACACUCACUGGGCUCCGGGAGGAACAACGGAAGCACGAACAGGAGUUGGAAGCGGCCCGUGCCGAGCAGGCUCGUGCUCGCUCAAGCGUAAUGCAAAAGGAGAAGAGGAUCAAGAAGGCGAGAGAAAGCGCUAGAGGGCAAGGUCUGUGGCCUCUGCGGCCGAGCCUUGUACAGGUCGAGGCGCAGAGUCUGCAUUCCGAGCGGAGGCGAAACAAUGCGGAGAAGGAGCGAGAGAAGGCAGAGCAAGCGGCAGAGAAACAGAGGAGCAGCUGCGAGAAGGCUGCAGAUGAUGCCACGGAGGCACAACGGAGAGCUGCACAGACCAACCUCUCACUCAGCGAAGAGAGCCUCGAAGAGUAUCGUCAUCUGAAGGCGCAGGCGGCUGUUCUCGCAGUCGAAGAACGCCAGUCGCUCGAAACCCUUUCUCGCGAUGAGCGGACUUCUGCGCGCACUUUGUCGCAACUCAAGGAAAGACAUGAGGCACAUCGGGAGAAAGCGGAGAAGCUCAGACAAGACCGGGACGCACAAACCGAGAAACGCCAGGAGUUGGAAGAGAAGAUCAAAGAGCUCGAAGAUGGACUUGCGACCGCAAGACAAGAAAUGCAGAAGCAACAGUCUGAGCGGUCGAGGAUUGCCAACUUGGAGAAAGAAAUCAACGAGAAGCUGGUUGACGUGCACAACAAGCUCCUCCAAGCAGGAGUAGACCAGAAGGAGUCCGAGCGCGAGGCGAAGAUGAAGGAGACGCUCGCAAACUUGCAGAGGAUCUUCCCAGGCGUGCGUGGCAGGGUAAUUGACCUAUGCAAGCCUACACAGCGGAAGUACGAGACAGCUGUAUCGGUCGUCCUUGGGCGGAACAUCGACGCCGUUGUUGUAGACGAGGAGAAGACUGCUAUUGAUUGUAUUGAGUAUAUGCGCAUACAACGCGCAGGCCAAGCGACCUUCAUUCCGCUGAACACCAUUCAAGUCAAGCCAAUCAACGAUAAAUUCCGUUCAUUCGCCAAGGGUGCCCGUCUCGCUAUUGAUGUCAUCCAGUUCGACCCUGCCGUUGAGCGCGCUAUGCAUCACGCGUGCGGAAACGCGCUGGUAUGCGACACUUAUGACAUCGCGGCUUAUGUUUGUUAUGAGAAGAAGCAAGAUGUCAAGGCCGUCACUCUCGAGGGAACAAUUAUUCACAAGACCGGUAUGAUUACUGGUGGGCGUAGCACCCAUGGGAAUGGUCGCAAGUGGGAAGAGAAGGAUGUGCAAGGUCUGCAGCGCGUUCGUGACAACCUGCUGGGCGAGCUUCGGGAACUCAACAAGUCUAAACCUCGCGGGAAGGCUGAUGAGAAUAUGGACGCAGAGAUCAACAGGCUCGAAUCGGCUUUGUCUGUCGCGAAAGACGACCUGAAAGCGUGCCAACUGCGAUUGGACGGUAUCAAGGAUGAACUCAAACACGUCGAAAGGGAGAUUCGACGUAUCGAACCUGAACUGCGCAAGGCUCAGCGAGACUACGACAAAUUGAAGGAAAAAAAAUCGACGUUGGCGUCGGUUGUCAACGCUGCAGAGGAUGACGUCUUUGCUGCCUUUUGUCAAAGCAUCGGCGUAUCGAACAUCCGUGAAUACGAGGAGCGACAGCUGAAGGUCGCCACAGCGGAAAGCGAGGCCAGGCUGCAAUUCGAGAAGCAAAUCGCUCGUCUCACACAUCAAACGAAGUUCAUCGAAGAACAGUUGCAGACAAGUGAACAGCGUGUUCAAACCAUCGAUACAAUGAUCACAACGGAGGCCGCUAACAUUGUGAAGUAUCGUGAGACGCAGGAGAAUGUUCAAGAAGAGAUCAGGGAAGCGGAGGAGGCAAUUGAGACCUUGCAAGAGGAAAUGAAAGGCCUCAAUGAAGACCUAGAGGAGAAGACGAAAGUCGUUGAACAAGUUAAGCGAACGACCUUGAAAUCGUCCAAGGCACUGGAUCAGGCAUUGAAGGAGAUUGCCACACGGAAUGACGAGAUCGAGAAGUUGGGUCUCGAGCGUUCGGCAAUUUACCGCAAGUGCAGACUAGACGAAAUUCGCUUACCUCUCGUCGAGGGCAAUCUGAGGAAUGUCCCGAUGGAGGAGAAUUUGCGUGAAGAGGUCGCCAUGGAUGUUGACGAAGAUGAAGAAGGGAGCCAACAUGUCAAGCGGAUCCCCGACUACGGCAUUGAGGUGGACUUCGACAGUCUCGAGGAUGACGAGAGAGAAGAAAACCCUGCGGAGGCUUUGGCAGACAUUGAUUCGCAAAUCUCGAAGGUCAACUCUGAUAUUGAGCGUCUAGCACCCAACUUGAAGGCGAUGGAGAGGCUUGAUGACGUCGAGACGAAACUCAUGGAAACAGAAAGGGAGGCCGACAAGGCUAGGAAAGACUCUAAGAAUGCCCGCGACCACUUCAACGAUGUCAAGCGCCGCCGCUGCGACCUUUUCAACAAGGCGUACAACCAUAUCUCUGAGCGAAUUGAUCAGGUGUACAAGGACCUCACCAAGGGCAAAGCGGCACCAAUGGGAGGUGUGGCCUACCUUAGUUUGGAGGACAGCGAGGAACCAUACAACGCUGGUAUCAAGUAUCAUGCCAUGCCGCCCAUGAAGCGUUUCCGAGAUAUGGAUCAGCUAUCCGGAGGUGAGAAGACCAUCGCUGCGCUCGCACUGUUGUUCGCUAUUCAUAGCUACCAACCUUCGCCAUUCUUCGUCUUGGACGAGGUUGAUGCAGCGCUGGAUAACACUAACGUGGCAAAAAUCGCGAAUUACAUUCGCUCGCAUGCUUCAGAGACGUUCCAGUUCGUUGUCAUCAGUCUCAAAGGCUCGUUAUACGAGCGUAGCAACUCCCUAGUUGGCAUCUAUCGAGAUCAAGAUGUGAACAGUUCGCGCACGCUGACCCUCGACCUGACUCAGUACGAUGAGUAGAUAUGCAGUCUCUCGCUAUCGCUGUUGUUUGUUGCUUUAGUCUUGCACUUGUCCCUAGUAAUGUGUUGUGUUGUACCGUAAUCCAGCAAAAUGUAGCAGUAGCAUAACCAUAUACAUAAGAUUAACGGA